CUCUUGAAUUGAUGAAUGUACAUAUACGGCAUAACGUAAUUGACUAUUUGGUCCAUACUCCUCCCUCCAUAGGCCAUAAAUCACUGUGUUCGGCUACCCUACAGCAGCCAAGAUAGACACAUAAGCUACCGGGCCCUUGUCAAUUAACGACCCACCUCAACCUGGAGAGCUUUCUUUUCCAUCAACCAGUCUCUCACCUAAUUCCUGGAGACCACAAGAUAACAGAGAAGACAUUAUGCACCUUGUGUGUUAAAAUACACACCACAAUGAAGCGAGCAUUUCCCUGCGUGCGCUGCCGCAGCGCCCGUCUCAGGACACCCAUCCUCUCGAGAGCAUUCUCAUCACAGGCCUCAGCUGAUCCCCCGAUACCCAAACGGCCCAACCAAGCGCCCAAGCCCAUCAUUGACAUCAAAGACAUUCGUCAAAACCCAGAGCUCUACGCGCAGAACUGUAUAGCUAAGAACUACACCCGCCAGUCCCACCACCCAGCCCGGAUCGUCGAGCUCCACGCGCAAUGGCAGGAUCUCACACGCGGCAGUCGCGCGAAUCGCGAGCGUUCCAACCUAUUGCGCAGGCAGCUCGCAAACCCCGCGACCAGCGCCGACGAUGGUGAUAUGGAGAGCGUGCGGCAGCUGACGCGCGAGGAGAUCCAGGAGGAGGCGCGCAAGCUGAAGACGGAGCUGGCCGGCAUCAUGGACGAGGAGGCGAGGAUGCAGGCCACCAUGGAGCACCUGGCGCUCGAGAUCCCCAACCUGACUGACGCGGAGACGCCAGAAGGUGACGAGCCCGUCCUGCUGUCGUACAUCAAUGACCCGCCGCCGGAAGAGCAGCAGCUCAAAGAAGGACCAUCGCAUGUGCAGAUUGGCACGGACCUGGGGAUUCUGGACUUUGCCGCGGCCGCCAACUCCUCUGGAUGGGGGUGGUACUACUUGAUCGGCGAGGCGGCUCAGUUGGAGCAAGCUCUGAUCCAGUACGCGCUCGCGGUGGUCACACGCCACGGCUGGACGCAGGUAUCGCCGCCCACGCUGGUGUACAGCCACAUUGGCGCCGCGUGUGGUUUCCAACCCCGGGACCAGAACGACGAGCAGCAGGUGUACACCAUUGCGCAGUCGGAGAGCGACAAGGACCGCCAGGUCCCCGAGCUCUGCCUGACAGGCACCUCGGAGAUCUCCCUGGCCGGCAUGAAGGCCGCGUCGACCGUGCACACGGACGACCUCCCUCUCAAGCGCGUCGCCGUCUCGCGCUGCUACCGCGCCGAAGCAGGCGCUCGCGGCGCCGACACCAAGGGUCUGUACCGCGUGCACGAGUUUACCAAGGUGGAAAUGUUCGCGUGGACGGCGCCGGACGAGGACUCUGCGUCCGACGUGUACGAUGAAAUGCUCGACAUGCAGACAGAGAUGCUGUCCUCCCUCGGUCUCCCGUCGCGCGUGCUCGCCAUGCCCGCGCAGGACCUGGGUGCGUCUGCGACGCGCAAGAUCGACAUGGAGGCCUGGUUCCCGUCCCGCGCGGGCAAGCUGGGCGGUUGGGGCGAGGUCACGAGCGCCAGCCUCUGCACCGACUACCAGACGCGUCGGCUGGGGACGCGGAUGAGGGUCGAAGGCGGCAAAAUGGGGUUCCCCUGGACGGCGAAUGGAACGGCGCUGGCGGUGCCGCGUAUCCUGGCCGCACUGCUUGAGAAUGGCUGGGACGAGGAGACGAGGACCGUCACGAUCCCGGAAUGCUUGAGGCCUUGGAUGGACGGCAAGGAAAAGAUUGUUGGAGACGGUGCGACGAGACGUCGACAGAUGGACGUGGAUGGUGUGUAGCGUACUGUAUAACUGCGUGGACAUAUGUAUACUUCUAAUAGCGCCAUGAGAGGCUACCUAAUUUGAUCUCCCAGGAUAUCACCAU